AUGUAUAUCCUUCAGAACAGAGCAGGGAACGAAAGCGAAGUUAUCAACGGAUCCCAAGUGUUGUGGUGUUUUGGAGUACCUACCAACCUCUUAGUGGAAGAUCCGACGAAUUCAAUCAUUCUGAUAGCUUUUAACACUUUGACUUCAGUUACUGCUUUACUAGGUAAUUUUAUGGUGCUUAUAACACUUUGGCGUACUCCAAGUUUACAUUCGCCCUCAAACACUCUGCUGUGCGGUCUCGCACUGUCUGGUCUUUGCAUUGGGUUUUUAUCUGGGCCAAUAAAUGUUGGAUUCAAUAUUAUGCGUUUAAGGAACUCGGUCCACCUAAAAUCGUGCGCGCUGAUGAACACAAUAAUUUUAUUUACUACAUAUUUAACACCAAUUACUCUCUGUACUCUGACAGCAAUGAGCAUUGAUCGCUAUUUAGCAUUACACUUGCAUCUUCGGUAUGAGCAAGUUGUCACAGAGAGAAAAACAACUGGACUCCUCAUAUUGGUGUGGUUCUUUAGUGGCCUAUAUCCACUGAUAUCAAGUCUUGACGAGAAACCUGUGACCAGUUCAUUAAUUGCAUCCACAAUAGCAAUUUGCCUUCUUGCAGUUUCCUUUACCUGGAUAAAGAUCUACCAAGUUGUGCGACGUCAUCAGGCUCAGAUUCAGGAUCAGAUGAAUGCACAGGCACAACAAUUUAACAUGGCCAAGUUCAAGAAAUCUGCUGUGAAUGCCUUGUUUAUCUUGCUCCUUCACCUAGUCUGUUUCCUUCCUCUUCUCGUUGCCAAAAUUGCUCUGGCUGUUCGAGUAAAUCGUUUAAAUGUUCGUAUACUUAAUUUCACUUAUAUUCUAGUUUUUCUAAAUUCAUCAUUGAAUCCACUGGUUUACUGCUGGCGUCAACGUGAUCUUCGUGCUGCAGUUAAAGAAACUGUUAAGAAGUUAUGUUGUUGCAGGAAACGCUAGACGAAAAGACCUAGUCACCAAAUGGCAAUAUUAACUGCAGUUACGUUGCAUUUACAUGAUGUACUCUUCGGUACACACUUAAAAUUUACUGCUUUUAAUUCGUCGAAUUUAUAUGACGAGCUCAUGACGGUCAAUUUUCAUGAAAAUCGAGUUGUAUUACCCAAUAAAACCAAUUGUUCUACUAAGCUUUGGAGUAAUUCGAUGGAAAAAAUGUUGCGCAAGGAACUCAGUUUGUUGGAUACUGAAGAAGAACCAAAAGGGGAUCUGUAAACCGGAUAAAAAUAUUUGCAAAACGCAGAAAUAAUGAAGUUCUUGCGCAUUUUUAAUCAAAAAACGGAUGUUCAAAUUGGGAAGUUGAGUAAACAUAACUGGCCGUGAUAAAAGCCAUAAAUAAUUGCAAGCGGGUUCAUACCGUGUCCUGAGCUAAAAAAACGGAGUUCGAGGUUUCGACAAAGAUUAAUAAAAA